ACUAAUUUCUAGGAACUGCUCUAUUUGGUAUUAGGACUCUGCCGGUGCCUCCAAUCCACAACAGGCAUGGAGCCAGAGCUCCCUGAGUGAAACAGUCCUGCUGGAUCGGGAUUUGUGCAGUUAUGGCUCAUUGAUGGAGCACCCACUCGGUGGAAAGUCAUCCAGUAAAGAAGAGAUCGAGGGAGGGGGUCAGCCACCUCUGGCACUGCUGCGCCUUCAGGAGCGCGACCUUAUUGAGCGUGCACGAGCAGAGCUCACUUGGAUUGAGGUUCUCAAAAGAAACUGUCGGGAAAAAGGCUCUGAAGAAAAGCUGCCAGCACUGCGCAAGAGGCAACGAGGUAUUCUGAUCAGGCUGCACCAGAAACGGAUAGAACUGAAAGCUCUUCAGAGCCGCUGUCUUACACAGAGUCGUGGAGCUACUAGUCAUGCUUCAGUAUCAACUGAGACUUCUGUUCCAAUGUACAAUGCUUCUGGAGUUCCUGAUGGUUCUGCCAGUGGCAUGCACUCAAGUGGCAUUAGCGAAAAUCGUGAGGCAUCAUUGCUCAGUGACCAACUCAGUGACCAGUCUAAGGAGUCAUCCCAACCUGAAGAGAUUCCAAGCAAGGUUGAACAGAAGUCAUCACUAGUCAACAGCUAUAUUUCUACAUUUGAGAGCAGUAGCACUUUUCCAGAGCUCCAGGAGGACUCAACUCAUUUAAAGCUCAAUGCCAGUAAACGGUUUUUGGAAAAGCGGCAGCAAAAGUUGCAGGAUCGGCGCAAGAAUGUGCAGCAAUUGCUCGAGUGGCAGAGGAAGCUCAAUGCACAGGAAGCAAGUGUACGUGCCCUUGAGCGCAGAGCCCUUGCUAGGCUUCGGGCACGUGGUGCGAAGACUCCACCGCAGAGCAAAUCGGACACCUCUGCCACAGCAGCUCCAGCUCAAGCAGAGAUGACAACUUCCAGAUCUAGAAAUGGUGGGGAAGUAAAAAGCUCAACAUAUCCUGAAGAUUCUUCAAUAGAGGAAGAGGUGUCUGAAGAAGUGGAUGUAAAGGUCACACCAACAACAGAAUCCAUCCAGGAAGAGGCAGCUGGGACAGAACCAACAAGUGGUGGCCAGCAUGAAUCAACUAUUGACAGCAAGAUUGUGGUGUCAGCUUCCUCUGAGGCAGAAGUCUCAACACAGACUGAGAAUGUCAUCAGGCACAGUAGCAGCAGUGGCCCUAAGAGCUUGAUGCUAAUCAAGAAGCCAUUAGUAGUCAGAAGAAAAAUUCGGCGAGACUCUAGCGGCUCUGAGGAUUCUUUCAACGUGUCACUUUCUGAAACAGCCUCGGACCAGAGCGACAUUGAGUGCCGAAUUAUAGCUCUAAGUCAGGAACUCAAGAAGCGGCAGUUAGAGGCAGAGCAUCUCAAGCGGGAGCAAAGACGUAGGCGCACUGAAGUGCUCCGUGAACGCGAGGAAUCUCUCAAGAAGCACAUAGAGCUGUAUGAUAAACUGAUUCAGCAAGCAAAGGAAGAGCUAGAGAAGGAGCUUGACAUUGCUCAGCAUGAAAAAGCACCGUUUGUAAAGCCACAGAUCAAGAAGCCCCGUGCUGCUGAACAGCGCAAACACCGGCUUGUGCAGUUGAGUUCUUCCGAGAGUGUGACACAGCCAGCAUCG